AUUCCAGUUGAUGCCUCUUCUGCUUAUCUCUUGGUGGAAAACUUGUUUGUCUUUAAUGGAUACUGCUGCUGGUUAAUCUCUGGAGACUUCACAGCUCCUUACUUUUUGAAAAGGGAUAGCUAUCCUCUCCUCUCAAGGUCAUCUUGGUAGUAGCUUUUUAUCAGUAACCAUCUGUGGGCAAAAAAGAAAAUGCCUCUACCUUUUGGGUUAAAAUUGAAAAGAACUAGACGUUACACAGUAUCCAGCAAGAGUUGCUUGGUGGCUCGUAUCCAGCUCCUCAACAAUGAAUUUGUGGAGUUCACGCUGUCGGUGGAAAGCACGGGUCAAGAAAGUCUGGAAGCUGUGGCUCAGAGGCUUGAAUUGCGUGAGAUUACAUAUUUCAGUCUGUGGUAUUAUAAUAAGCAGAAUCAGCGCAGAUGGGUAGAUUUGGACAAGCCUCUGAAAAAGCAGCUGGACAAAUAUGCCUUGGAGCCAACUGUGUAUUUUGGAGUAGUGUUCUAUGUGCCUACUGUUUCUCAGCUUCAGCAGGAGAUUACCAGGUAUCAGUAUUAUUUGCAAUUAAAGAAAGAUAUCUUGGAGGGCAACAUUCCUUGCACACUGGAACAAGCAAUACAUCUGGCUGGUUUAGCUGUUCAAGCUGAUUUUGGGGACUAUGAUCAGUAUGAAUCUCAGGAGUUUCUGCAAAGAUUUGCUUUGUUUCCAGUGGGCUGGCUACAAGAAGAAAAAAUAUUGGAAGAAGCAACACAGAAAGUUGCCUUGCUACAUCAGAAGUACAGAGGCCUUACUCCUCCUGAUGCAGAAAUGUUAUAUAUGCAAGAAGUGGAGAGAAUGGAGGGCUAUGGUGAAGAGACCUAUCCUGCAAAGGACAGCCAAGGAAGUGAUAUAUUCAUUGGAGCAUGUCUUGAUGGUAUCUUUGUGAAACACAAAAAUGGUCGUCCUCCUGUUGUAUUUAGAUGGCACGAUAUUGCCAACAUGUCCCACAAUAAAUCCUUUUUCGCAUUAGAGCUGGCAAACAAAGAAGAGACAAUCCAAUUCCAGACUGAAGAUAUGGAAACAGCAAAGUACGUGUGGAGGAUGUGUGUGGCUAGACAUAAGUUUUACAGACUAAACAAAUGCAGCCUAGACUCCCUGGACUCUCCACCUGAGGAGGGCCCUCAGAAAUCUUCCUUAAUUCUUUCCCUUCCACGCUUUCCAAUCCUUUCUCGUCCUUCACUUCCCAAAGGGCAAACUCAGCCCGUUACAGUGAAUCCUGUCAGAAGGCGCUCUUCAUCCAGGAUGUCUAUGCCCAAGCCUCAGCCUUAUAUGAUGCCUCCACCACCUCAGCUGCAUUACAAUGGUCAUUAUACUGAACCCUAUGCAUCCUCCCAAGAUAACCUCUUUGUGAGCAAUCAGAAUGGAUACUACUGUCACUCUCAGACUAGCUUGGAUAGAGCCCCUCAUGACUACAGUGGUCGGAUCCGCAACGGUAGUGUUUAUAGUGCACACAGCACAAACUCCCUGAACAACCCACAACAUUACUUGCAGCCGUCCCCCAUGUCCUCUAACCCAAGCAUUACUGGAAGCGAUGUCCUCAGAACUGAUUAUGUCCCAUCACACAGACACAGUGCACUAAUACCACCUUCGUAUCGGCCCACACCAGACUAUGAAACUGUAAUGAGACAACUCAACAGGGGAAUGGUGCACACAGAUAGGCAGAGUCAUUCAAUGAGAAAUCUUAACAUCAGCAAUUCAUAUGCUUACAGCAGGCCUGAUGCCUUAGUUUACAGUCAGCCUGAAAUACGUGAACAUGCUCACUUUGCUUCCCCACAAUCUAACCAUUAUCCAUUUAACCUGAACUACAGUUUUCAUAGCCAAUCCCCCUAUCCAUAUCCCGCUGAAAAGCGCCCAGUUGUUGGGGCAGUCAGUGUGCCGGAGUUGACAAAUGUGCAGCUCCAGGCUCAGGACUAUCCAGCACCUAAUAUAAUGAAGACCCAAGUCUAUCGACCACCUCCCCCAUACCCAUACCCAAGACCUGCAAAUAGUACUCCAGACCUUUCCCGACACAUCUACAUUAGCAGCAGCAAUCCAGAUCUUAUCACAAGGCGAGUGCACCAUUCUGUCCAGACAUUUCAGGAAGACAGCCUGCCUGUGGCACAUUCUCUUCAGGAAGUCAGUGAACCUCUAACAUCAGCACGACAUGCUCAGCUGCAGAAAAGGAACAGUAUUGAAAUAGCAGGCUUAACUCCCACCUUUGAAGGAAUAAGAAUUAAAGAGAGGACCAUGUCAGCUUCUGCAGCAGAUGUGGCUCUUCCAAGAAUUAUCUCGGAAGGGUCACAACCCAACAUUCUGAUGGAGAGAACAAAGCAAAAAGAAAGCGGGCAAGAAGAAAGUGUGAACUGUGAUCAUAAGAAAACCCUUUCAGAUGCCACUAUGCUGAUUCAUAGUAGUGAGGAAGAAGAAGAAUUUGAAGAAGAAAGCAAGGCUAGUUCAUGUCUUUCUCCUCUCCCUGAAGAUCAAACCCAACUUUCAUCUGUUAUGGGUGGUUAUUCUCAUGAUUCUGUACUGAACUACCCUUACAGCUCUGUUGCUUCAUCUGCUGGCCCUUUGCAUAUUCUUGAGCCUAAAUUACAUAUUACAGAGACAGAAAAAAGAAUGAAAGAUAUGAGCCCUCCUCAUUUACUAGUAGACAGCCAGGUACAGAGAAGAGGAGAAGGACUGCUUACUCCAUCGAUGUCAGAAUCUGAUCUUACAACAUCAGGGAGAUACAGAGUAAGGAAAGAUUCAGUAAAGAAGAGACCUGUGUCUGAUCUUUUGUCUGGGAAGAAGAAUAUUGUGGAAGGCCUUCCCCCGCUAGGUGGCAUGAAAAAGAACAAAAAUGAUGCAAAAAAAAUAGGGCCUCUGAAGCUAGCUGCCCUAAAUGGACUAGCUUUGACCAGAAUGCCUCUGCCAGAUGAGGGAAAGGAAGAAUCAACAAGAGCAACUAAUGAUGAACGGUGUAAAGUUCUGGAGCAGCGGCUGGAGCAGGGGAUGGUGUUCACUGAAUACGAGCGCAUUCAGAAAAAAAGACUUAGGGAUGGCGAGUGCUCGAUAGCCCGGCUUCCCGAGAAUGCCGAAAGAAACCGCUUCCAGGAUGUCCUUCCUUAUGAUGAUACCAGAGUAGAGCUAGUCCCCACCAAAGAAAAUAACACGGGUUACAUCAACGCAUCUCAUAUCAAGAUCUCUGUUGGUGGCAUAGAGUGGGAUUAUAUUGCUACACAGGGCCCUUUGCAGAAUACAUGUCAGGAUUUCUGGCAGAUGAUCUGGGAACAAGGCAUUGCCAUUAUAGCUAUGGUGACGGCAGAGGAAGAAAGUGGACGAGAAAAAAGCUUCAGAUACUGGCCACGCCUUGGUUCAAGACACAACACUGUAACAUAUGGAAGGUUUAAGAUUACCACACGAUUCCGUACUGACUCAGGCUGCUAUGCAACUACGGGUUUGAAGAUUAAGCAUCUUCUCACAGGACAGGAAAGAACAGUUUGGCAUCUGCAGUAUACUGACUGGCCAGAACAUGGCUGUCCAGAGGAUUUAAAGGGAUUUCUCUCGUACUUGGAAGAGAUACAGUCAGUGCGGCGCCAUACCAACAGCACUGCAGAUCCUAAAAGCUUGAAUCCUCCUGUCCUGGUACAUUGCAGUGCAGGUGUAGGACGAACAGGAGUGGUCAUCCUGUCAGAGGUCAUGAUCUCUUGCUUGGAGCACAAUGAGAUGCUGGACAUCCCACGAGUGCUGGACAUGUUGAGGCAGCAGAGAAUGAUGAUGGUGCAGACACUUUCACAGUACACUUUUGUCUAUGGAGUUCUCAUUCAGUUUCUCAAAAGUUCUAGACUUAUAUAAUCCCUUCCACUUCCUAAGGAAUACUGCAAGAGGUUACAGAAAUAAAACUACGGUUGUACAGGCAGACCUGCUCUCACUGGUGUUUUCUGCACAUGAGGAACCACACAGUAACCUUUUAGGGCUGGCAUGUGACUGUUCAAUGUGUGUCAGUGUAGCACUCACUGUAGAGCAGGAUCUUUGCUGGACUGAAUUUUUCCCAUGUUCAGCUGCAGUCAUAUUAAGGAAUGUUUUUACUUGUACCGGUCUGUAGUACUUGCAUAUGCUCUUUAGAGUGCUGUUACUGUGAGCAAAGUAAGUAUCUUAUGGAACGGAAGUACAUGGCACAGUUCUACUAACAUGAUGUUUUAUAUUGUAAUGGUUAACUGUGUGAAAGCUAAAAUCUGUAAGUGCACAAUGAGGGGAGAAACCUGCUCCUUGGGAAUGUCAAGGUCUUACGCAGUUUCAUUCUGCUUUCAAUUUUAUAUUUAGAACAAUACAUUUGUAUUUUUUAAAGAUAGCUUUUGGUUUCCUCUGGUUUACUCAGCAAAACUUGCAGCUCUUAAAUAUUUUAAGCUGCUGCUUUAAGGACAGUUAUUUUUAUAGUCAGCAUUUUUUAAUUUAAAAACAAAACAAAACCCCACAACAAAACACACAACCAAAAACUUUUAUUAUAAACACUGUAGUAUUUUCAGGGGAGAAGUAACAAUGUUUGAGCUAACUUUUGAAAAGUAAUGCAUAAAGUACUAGGGGAAGCUAUUGGUGGUUACAGAGCUGUGUAAUAAAACUGACAAGUGAAAGAUGAUGUUAACUGUCGCUAACUUCCAUCUGAGUGGAGGAUGUUAACCUGUAACAAUAUUCCCGUUAUCUACAAGGUUAUUGGAAACAAAUGGAUGAGCAAAAUUACAUAUUCAGUAUUAUUCAUGCUUGGAGAACAGUUUGAUUUUUACUGGCUGAAAUCAAAGCGGACGCAAAUGUUUAAGCACUUUUCUUGCUGUUAUUUAUGUAGUUAAACAUAGAAACUAUAUUAAUGCAUUUUUUUGGUAGGGUAAUGUACCAUUAUUAACCUGUUAUUUUAGGAAGAGCCUUUUAAGUUGAUGAAGUGGGAGAACCAAAAUAGGAGUAAGAAGGUGCAUGGUGGCAAUGCAGGAAGGAUUGUAUGAAACAGAAAGGAGGCGUGGCAGCUAUGAUUGCUGGUUUACACAGUGCAAAGGUGACUGUUAAAAAUGUUUGUGUUCUCAGUUAUGAAAGCCUUUAAAGCACUGGAAGUUUCUGUAGAAUCCUCUCGAUUGUUUUGUCAGUACCAGAAAAGAUUUUGCUAAUGCUGUGCAGUGUGGCAAUGAAGAAUAUUCACAGAAGUUCGUUGAAAAGACCUGCAGAACCUAAGUACUUCUAGAGGUGACAGUGGAGAUAGGGGUAUUUUAGUAGCUGUGCGUGUGGCCGAGCCAAUGGACCUGAAGGUGAAUUGUGUCUGGUAAAUUCCAUUUGUCCCAUGGGUCUGGUCUAAUGACAGUAUCCCUAAGUAAUCCUCAAUCUUGUGGUUUUCAAAUGGAGACAGUGUGGAUUUACCUGCCUUUUCAAGUAUUUUGAGAUGCUGAGUUGAAAAUGCCGAUUCAAAAAUGAGCUAUUAGUUUGUAGGUAUCUGGUUUAAUUUAAAAACAUGCCUGUGGUAAACCAGUCUGUAGGCAUGUUGAAGGUCCAUUUCCCUUGAUACCUGCUUAGCAAAAUGAAAUGAGACUGAAAGGAUUUUUGUUUGUUUGUUUUGUUAUCGCUGGUGAAAUUAUUUUUCUGAGCUGUAGCAAGAGUUUGGAAGCUAUUAUGAAUAGUUAAACCCUUUUCAAAACAGUAAUUGUUUCCCAAACAAUUAAUUAAAUAUAAUAAACAGACUGCCUCAAUUUCCUUCAUAAUAAGCUACUUGCACAAUGAAAAACACAUGGCCCACAAUACAUUGUAUUAAUCUGGUGCGUGUUUUCUGCUUUCAGGCAGUCUGAAUUGUUCUACUUGUAACUGCCAAAUGUGAAACUGGAAGUCUAGAGGAAAACAGUUACUGAAGUCUGAUUCUGUAUACAUAAAUCUUGCAAACAGACCAAUUUGACAUUACCUGUGUUAACAGAAGUUUUGAAACAAACGUGCUUAGCUAUUUGUAUCAUGCUGUGUUUUCAAAAUGUUACUUUUUUU